GCAUACACGCAAUUUUUAUACAAAUACUUGAACAAUAUUAAAAAUUGACUAAAAAUCUUUUAAAAGUGCAUAAAACUUACUCGGAAUCUUUUAAAUUGUCAUAAAAUUGACUAAAAAUCUUUUAAAGAUGCAUAAAACUUACUCGGAAUCUUUUAAAAAACUGAAAUAAAACUGAAAUAAAACCGAAAUAAAAUUGUGAACAUAUACAUAUCUGAAAAUAAGAGUUUUACAAUUUUACUGCGUCAUAAGGAUUUGCCAUAGGGAAACUAAAAAUGCAAUAAACAAGGAAGAACCAUUGAAAUAUCUCAUAUUGUGGCGCCAGCUAAUCAAGCACUUACACAAUCACGAAGUUUUGAACGGGCUUCAACCUUUUACUUCGGCCCAGUAUGUCAAGGGGCGCCGGCCUCGGUCAAGAUCGUUUGCUCGACCGUGAUUUUCAUAUAGCUACACCUGAAGAAUUUGUUAAGAAAUUUGGUGGUAUACGAGUUAUAAAUCGUAUCCUAAUAGCCAAUAAUGGCAUUGCAGCAGUCAAGUGUUACGUUCAAUACGCCGUUGGUCAUACGAAAUGUUCAAAAAUGAGAGGGCUAUACGUUUUUUGUAGUCAUCGUAACGCCGGAAGAUUUGAAGGCCAACGCUGAGUAUAUAAAAAUGGCCGAUCAUUACGUCCCUGUGCCUGGAGGAUCUAAUAAUAAUAACUAUGCAAAUGUUGAGCCGAUUGUUGACAUAGCUAUGCGUACACAAGUUCAGGCUGUUUGGGCUGGCUGGGGUCACGCUUCAGAAAAUCCGAAAUUGCCUGAAUUAUUGCAUAAACAAAAUUUAGUUUUUUUAGGCCCACCAGAGCAUGCCAUGUGGGCCUUGGGCGAUAAAGUAGCCUCUUCAAUUGUAGCACAAACAGCUGACAUUCCUACUUUGCCUUGGUCUGGAUCCGCGUUAAAAGCUUACUACAGUGGCAAAAAAAUUAAAAUAUCCAGUGAUUUGUUUGCACGCGGUUUAAGUAAUGCCGAACAAGGCCUGGCUAUCAAUUUAUUCGGUCGCGAUUGUUCAUGCAAACAUGCACCUUGCGACCAUAUGCCAACUUUUUCUUUAUAACCCAUUCCGAAAAUUAUUUUUGGAGCGCGAUAAUAUCGAGUUACAUCGUAAAGUGUCAUCAUAAAAAAUAAAAUUCCUCACUUAAAACAAAAAAAAUCAAGCAAGAAGAAAGCGAGGUUAAGAAAGUGCGCUCGGAAAGUAAAGAUUCAUUUAAAUCAGUGUUUUCGGCAUUUUUAUUAAUUGUCCCCUUAGCAAUUAUUUUAAUUAACUUUGCGCAAUUGGGUUUGUGAGGUUUGUAACAGAAAUUUGUGCUACAUUUCUCUCACUUCUUUGCUCUCACACUUCUCGCACACUUCAACACUAAAGUCUUUUGUUGACUCGCUGAAUAUUCAAGAAGACGAAGAAAGAAAAUAAAUUUUGUCACUGACAAACAUUUAAGUUUCUGCUAAUAUAAUAAAAAUAAAACAUUCACAUUUCAUUCACAC